AUGCAGAACUCGGCAGAUGAGGACCUGCAAUCAGAUCUUGCUGCAGCUCGGCAGCACUUGGGUCAAGUAAAGCUCAUGGAAGAAGUAUUUUGGAAACAAAAAUCGCGCAACAACUGGUUGGAGGAAGGAGACAGGAAUACGAAGGAGACAAACUUCUCCCUUGCUAUCCCUCAUCUUCUCUUGGCCCAGGAUAACGAGGAGUUGCUGGCCCCUCCCUCCCUCUCUGAGGUGUUUCAGGUGGUCAAUGGGCUUCCUAAGGAUGGGGCAGCUGGUCCAGACGGGUUCUCAGGGGGAUUCUUUACCACCCGUUGGCCCAUUCUUGGCCCGAAUCUUCAUAAGGCGGUGUUUGCUAAGAUCUUGGCGGCUAGGCUGAGCAUGCUGCUACCUAAGGUUGUAUCGGCUAAGCAAGGUGCCUUCAUCAAAGGUCGUUCUAUUGCAGAAAACAUUGCUCUUGCACAGGAAAUGUUCAGGGAAAUUAAUAGGAAGGUUCAAGGUGGGAAUGUGGUGCUCAAAUUGGAUAUGGAGAAGGCUUAUGAUAAAGUCGACUGGAAGUUCCUUAAACAUGUUCUCAGCAGUUUUCGGUUCAGUAAUAGGUGGAUCAGCUUAAUGGAAUCUUGUUGGAAUAAUUGCUGGUUUUCGUCAGCCCUUCAAGCUCAAGCGCAGUUGCCCCCUUAUCUCCCACCUCCUUUUGCUGAUGACAUCCUCCUAUUUCUGAACGGGGCCAAGGUGUCGCUCCAAGCUGGCUCAAACUUCCUUCAAUCCUUUCAGGAAGCUUCAGAACAAAAGAUUAACUAUUGCAAGAGUUCCUUCUUUUUCUCUUCCAAGUUGUCAUCGGGGAGAGUUAGAAGCAUUGAACGCAUCUUGGGCAUUUCUAGGUCCUUAGCUGGAUCCCGUUACCUAGGAGUGUCGAUCUUUAGAGGAAGAGUGCUUGAUGAUUUGGAGAAGAUGUUUGCCAACUUCUCAGGGUGGGCUGAUGGUAAGAAGAAGCUCCAUUGGGUCAGCUGGAAGAAAGUGGUCAAGCAUUAUAAUGAAGGAGGGCUGGGCAUCAAAUCUCUAAGAGAGGUCUUGAAGAAUCUUCGGUUAAAACUAGCCUGGUCUACUAAGUUUGGCAAUGGGGCUAACCAAUGGCCAGUGUUAAUGAGAUCCCUGCACCCUUCUGACUUCGACUUCUCCUCUUCGGGCCGCGAGUCUCCCCUUCCUUCCCCCCUUUAG